GGGGACUCGGCUCCGUCCGAGGCCGGGGGCAGCCGGCAGGUCUCUCCACUCACCCGUCCAGCCAGCCGGCUGACGACCGAACCAUCGCCCUCUCUUGCACGAGCGACCCUUGCACCUGCCGCUACAACCUCCAGCCUUUCGGAGACACCUGGUCUUCAUGUUUCGUCCCCGCAGCCACCACUGCUCUCAGACCUCCGAGUGACGCCCCCGUCACGUCACGUGCCCCGUGACGCGGCAGGUGCGCCGGAAGCGGGCGCCGUGACGCCCCGGCCCGCCCCGUGCCGGUGACGUCACGCUCGCUCGGCGUCAUGACGUCAGCGGUCGGCGGUGGCGGCGCGGCGGCGGCAGUGGCGGCGGGCGCUCGGUGUGGGUCGGACGGUGACGGUGGUGACUGCGCCAGCAGUGCUCGGUGCGGACCGUGUGAGCUGCUGACGGACGGUGCGGGCUGGCGGGAGGCGCCGAGCGGCUAAGGAUGACCACAGCACGGGGACGGAUGGCCGUGCUGGCCGCCGUGCUGCUGACACUCCAGCUGAGUGCCAGCCAGCUGCUGGACGCCCAGGACUUCGAGCCGCAGGUGACGGCCAGCUGCGACGCCAGCACCAUGACCAUCCUGGUGCGCACCCAGAAGCCCUUCUUCGGCGUCAUCCACGGCAAGGACAUCCGCACCGACCCGUGCACCCAGUUCGGAGAGGGCGGCCUCGAGACGCGCAUGCGCGUGAACCUCCUGGCCGGGGAGGGCGACGAGGAUUACUGCGGAGUGCGCGGCAACAACAGGACCGACGAUAGGUCCAUUCCCAUUGCCGUCCGGUUUCACAAGAAACUGGAGGUGGCAGAGGACAAGCUGUAUGUCAUCACAUGUGGCAACCCGGGCUUCAAGAACUCCAGGGGUGACAAGUCGCUGGUGACCCUGCGACUGAUGGACCGCGGCCGACGCGCCAAGGAGGUGGUCUAUGGACGACCCUACAACCUCCAGGUCAAGAUCUCGAAACCAGACGAAUCAUACGACGUCGGCGUGAAGAACUGCUUCAGCUUCAGUACCGAGGAAAGCCGAGUCGAUCUGAUCAACGAACAAGGAUGUCCGGAGCGACAGGGCGUCAUCACAAAGUUCGCCUACAACAAGACGACUGGCACUGCAGACGCGACAAUCGCCUCCAUGUACCGGUUCCCUGACACCAACCAGGUCAACUUCCAGUGCGACGUGGUCAUCUGCAAGGGCGAGUGUCCGGCGACCGUAUGCCGCGGAGACGACCCCAGCACCAUCAAACCCAGCGCGCUGGUCGACGCCGAUGAGAACGCCAACGCCCACCUGAUGGCCUCGACGUCCGUCUUUGUCGUCGAGCCCGGCGAAACAGUCAGUCUGGAGCCGCUGACCGACUGUGACGGCUACCACCCCGAGUGGCUGCUCUACCUGUGCAUCGCGUUCGGCCUGCUCUUUCUCAUCAUGAUGAUCAUCAACUGCUUCCUGUGCACGGCCAUGACGUGCUCGUGCACCAAGACGGAGGUGGUGGAGAAGGACCCGAGCCUCGAGGACUACGACCCUUACCGCAGCUGGCACGGAUCGCAGUACUCGCUGAACGGCAAGUCGAACCACGGCUACGACAACUACGGCGCGUCGACGAUGAACUCUGCGCGCUCAGUGUCGACUACCAACUCGGACCACUACGCGAUGGUGCACUCUCGGCCGGGCAGCCGGUACUCGGAGCCGCGCUCGCACCGGUCGGUGCCGAGGCCACCGCGCUCCGAGACCGGCAGCCAGUACCGCGACCAGCGCGGCUACAACACCACGCCGCGGUACUGAGCUCAGAGCGACCGGUACUCUCGUGCUCAUGAGCCAGCGCUACUGAGCUCAGCGUGACCGGCACACCCGGGCUUCUGAGCCAGCCGUGCUGCGAGCCAGCACAAGUGAGCUUGCUGCGGCAGCACACACCUGUGUCUGAGCUGAGCCGCGGUACUGAGAGCUCGGAGGCAGCGAGCUAAUCUCUGCCCCAGCGGCUGGCCGUGUCACUGGUGGACAGGGUCCCCAGAAUGAGGACAAAGGGCCCGGACAGAGCGGGGCACUCGCCGGACGACAGGGGACAGUCCGCCGCCACCAGUGUCGGAGCAAACUGGGUUCGACCAGACCUAACCGCUUGGACUGAGUUUGCGAGACGGAAGGCGGCCGUGCCCUAACCCAAUGUGCCAACCCUGUGGUCCGGUCCCACAGGUGAUAUAUGUGAUGUGUGUGCAACAGAGCGGGGGAAGUGUAGAACAUGUGCUUAGGAGAUGGGUGUGCGUACUGCGUUAGUUAUGAGGAGAUGUGUGACAUGUGAGAUGACAUUCUAAUGAACGUAUUGCAUAUGGACGCGUUUCGUACUAUGAUUACGUUUGAGAUUAAUGUUAAUGUUUAGCGGCGCUUGCUUCAUCAUUGAAAUCGCAGCAAAUACCAAGUGCAUCAAAGGUAGCAAACCAUGUUCUUAUCACUCUCGUAAAAAAGUCGAGCUCAUUAUUCAGAGAAAUUCGUUUCUAACGUUAGCGCGGGAGUGUUCAGACAGCUUUCGACGAAGAUGAAGCAGAGCAUGUUUGUGUGUAACCUCAUAGCAUAGCAAUGCAUGUGUUAUUUUAUUCAUGUCUGCUGCAGCUACACGUUGAUCCGUUUCAUAUAGAUACCAUUAACGACGUUAUGAAAUAACACAUGAGUGGUGCAUUUGCGUUUCUAUCGUGCGCGCACGCACUGUAUAUCGUAGAAUAUUGCUGCGCUGGCGCGGGGUAUGUAAGUACCACGGCGCAGUCAACAGCUCACCAUCGCAAUUCAUGUCCCUGAUUCAUGUCCCUUCCAUCGAAAACUCAGACCACCACCGGAAGACCACAGCAUGUCUAACCUGUCAGCUCGCGACACACAGGCUCGGCGACAUGACCGAUACCUCGUGGCGGCUCGGUGACGCCAUUUUUCAGUCGUCCGGUGAUCUGGUGACUCGGUGACAUUUCAUUUGUCAGACCGAAGUGCGCCGCGGAUCAGGGAUCAGCGACAUGAACCCAUCGUAAUCCAGCGUGUGUGCGGUUUGCACUCUGCUCUGGCCCCGGUCAAUGCUCUCUCUACUCGGAAAGCGCGCUGGAGUGAAACAAUCUUAACCGGGAGGACUUGGGUACGCCCUUUACAUUACAUCACACGAGGCCCGAGUUACGCUGAACGCUGAAACCUGGUGACAUGUUUCAGAAGCAUCGCUGUAUGGCGACGUCUGGCUCCUAUCCGUCUGUGCAACAGUGCAUGAAGCAGCCGCUUGUGAUUACUAACAUCCCAUUUAUAGUGUCCCACCAGAGUGAUGAAAUACAUUUAAUUUAAAUGU